AUGACGAACCCUCACCCAACCGACUCUGACCUAACUGCCGACUACUCUUGGAACUCCCCGCGCUUCACCUACACUUCGAUCGCCUCUCCGCCCUUGCCAGGCACCACCUUCCUGAACCAUCCCGCCAGAACCCACGCUUUCUCCCAGCUUCUCCAGCACGACUUGGACAUGACGUCGGACUCUACCGCUGGCGCACCCGCCUCCGCCGCCCACGCAUCCUACAACGCCCUACGAAACCACGCCAUGGACAGCCACAGAUAUACCUCAACCUCGACGUCGAAUGGCGUAUCAAGUCGCCCCGCGGCCGGGGCGACCGGCCGCCAGUCCCAACUGGGCCUGCUCUCACGGGCCUUUGAGAUGUUUACCUCCCCCACUUACCUCCAACAAGACGGGUUCUUCAUCCCGUCCUAUCUUAAAGAUACCGCAUACGCAAACAGGCUCCAAGACGCCCACCAGGCGAAACUCAGAGCCCUCCGAGACGCGAGAACGCAGGAACCCCAGGCGGGGGGCGCCGCUUUGGCCACCUCGACGACGACGAACGGCAGCAUACAUAGCAAGCCGCCGCCGCAGGCCGAGUCGGCGUCGUUUGACGUUAUCGAGAGACCAGAAACGCAGGAUGACCCCUCGAGUGUGCCCCCUCUCCCGACAAGGUGGAGCAAGACGGAUAAAUAUCAGGGUAUUGAUAUAAUGGGCGAAGGGGUCGAGGUGCGAUAUACUUCCCAUAAGCAGGGUCAUGAGUAUGAGACGGCGGCUGUCCGUGCAAAUAAUCCUAUUCCUCCUGAAUGUGGCAUAUACUACUACGAAGUUACGAUUACAUAUGGGAAGAGAGAUGAUACUACGAUCGGAGUUGGGUUUUCCACAAAGAAUGCGCAGCUGUCAAGACCACCUGGUUGGGAAUCGGAAUCUUGGGGAUACCACGGCGAUGACGGCAAGUGCUUUGCUAGUUCCAAUUCCGGCAAGCAAUACGGACCCAAGUUCACCACAGGAGACGUCGUUGGUUGCGGCGUCAACUUUAACACUGGCUAUAUCUUCUUCACGAAGAAUGGCAAAGACCUUGGUGUGGCGUUCCGGGACAUCAAGGGCGAGCUGUAUCCCAUGGUGGGUUUAAAGAAGUAUGGGGAACAUGUGAGAGUCAACUUUGGACAAACGCCGUUCAUGUUUGAUAUAGAUGCGAUGAUGAGGGGCGAGAAACGGAAGAUUCAUGAUGAGAUUUGGAAGACGAGCCCAUCAUCCCUUGAGGUGCGCAUAGGAGGCGAGCCCGUCACACUAAAUGAAACGGAUCUUAUCCAGUCACUCGUUCUUCAAUUCCUCCAACAUGACGGAUACGUUGAAACUGCUCGCGCAUUCGCGGAAGAAAUCCAAGCCGAGAGGCAGGCGCUCGCCAUUGGUAACCAGACUGUGAACGUCGUUAACAUUAAGGAUGAUGAGGAUGCGACCAACAGGCAACGGAUACGGCGAGCGAUAUUGGAGGGCGAUAUUGAUCGGGCACUAAGGCUCAUAGAUUCUUGCUACCCCGAUGUCCUUGUGGAGAACGAGAUAGUCUAUCUCCGUUUGAAGUGUCGCAGGUUUAUAGAGAUGGUUAGGCGGUCCGCUGAACUACGAUUGCACUACGAGGGAAAGAAGUCAAAUGGAGUAGACACCCUGCAAGCCAUGGAGCUCGACACUAAUGGUGUGGAAGGCGGUGCCUGGGAGACCAUGGAUACUGAGGACACCGUCAACCUCAAGGACCAAGUCGAUCACCUCGAGCAAGAGAUGCUUGAGUACGGACAGCAACUUCAAGCCGAGUAUCAGAAUGACCCCAGGAAGGAGAUUGGGAAAACUCUGGAAGAUAUAUGGUCUUUGAUGGCGUAUCCCAACCCUCUUGGGGAACCCAAGGUGGCACACCUCAUAGACAACAAGAACCGAGCGACGACAGCAGAAAUGGUGAACUCGGUGAUCUUGAUGUCUCUCGGAAAGUCCUCGAGGGCCGACCUGACCAAGCUGUACGAGGACACAAGCAACCUUGUCCGAGACCUUCGUGAAGGCGGUGGCCCAGGGGCCUUCUUCUCGAUGCGGGACAUCACCAGUUCCAUCCCAAAGACGCCACGAUUCUAA